CGCCCUGAACAAAACAUCCAAACUAAUCAUUAUUCAUCAACUCUAAGAAAUCUCGAAUAGUACCAUUUCCACCACGAUGAGCCAACCAGGUACAUGCGGGCAAGUCAGCCAAGAAGCAAAGGAUAUCAUGAAAUCCCUUCAAAAAGACCCAACCGGGAUGGGCUUCACUCACCUCGCCACCGACGGUGUCCUGCGUGCCUUCGACGGAGACCGCAAUGUUGUUGACUAUAGGAAGCUGAGCCCCGAAGAGAUUAAGCUCGUGCUUGAGAUUUACCCCCCUGCGUAUCGUGCGCAGCUCAACGAUAAGUUUUCCGGGGUCGAUGGGCGCAAUGUUACAGAUACACAGCAGUGCCUUCACCCGGAUGCGAGCAUUAUGCCGCCGGAGAGGUCGUCGGAGGGCCAGAACGUGUCGCCUGCCGAUGAUGCUUAGGAAAUUCGCAAUUUUUACUUGUUACGAUCUCAUAUUGAAGAAACCUUGCAGACUCGGGCAGACGAAAUUCAUCUUAGUUUAUCGUUUCAUGAUUAGUCGCAUGUUCCAAAUUGAAUACAUCAAAGUGCUAUAUACCGGGCUAUAUCUACUAUCAUAACAGUCAAAUUGGAGAUUUUGCAAGAAUCGGAGCUGAAUAUCCUGUUGUCACCCUUGAAAGAUCGACGGCGUCCCGAUGAGAUGUACAGUAUAGGUCGAUAGUUUACUGUCGAGUUACAGGCGAUAGAGCUCGUUUAUGACAAAGAAACAGAGGAUUCAAUUAUUCUUGCCCCAUAU